ACAAACUCAUGUAGCAACGCUACUUAAAUAAUUGUACAUAAAUAACACAAACCCAGUUUAUUUUAACAUAAUUGUAGUAAGACAAUGUAUCGUUGCGAAAAUUUAUUCAAAUUGUUUAUUACCUAUAAUAAAUUUUAAAUUUCUAAAGUCUUGGCAAAUUUAUCAUCCUAUAUAAACGUAAUUUACGCGGAGCGUUACAAUUUGAAUUCUCUCGACAUAAGAAAGUCGAAUGCAGAUCUCGAUCGAGAUACAUACACUUCUUUCGCGACACCCUGUAUAGGUGGCGUCGCUUAUGUGCGAUGUACAGUGAUAUAUGGUGAUAUAUUAGCUGUAUAAAGAGCUCGACGUGAUAUCGCCGUUUGAUAACACGACAGAUCAAGCAUUGAUAAACAUUCGCGUUUACACCACCCUCGCCUUUGUUAAACUUCCACGUCAGUUUCGAGCAGAUCGAAUGAAAAUACUCAGAUUCGCACGGCGCGAGAAAAAAUGGAUGACGAGAAUGCAAGCUGCGCCCACGACGGCGAGGAAGACGCACAAUUGUCACUGUUGCAUCUCCCGGUGGAGAUAUUCCUGCAUAUAUGCUCCUUCCUAGAGGCAUCGACGCUAGUACACGGUUUGAGCCUAGUGUGCAAACAGUUCUACCUGAUUUUAAAGGAUGACUCACUGUGGAAAGCGCGAAUUAACCAUAUAUGGCCGGAUGCUAGCUACCCGCUUUUGCGUCCCGCGAGGACCGACAAACUGUUUUGGAAGUUAUCAUGCGUUGCGAUCGAGAAACAAACAGCGCUGUGGAAACAGCAGGAUUCUAUGGAGAAAUUGAUAAUCGCGAACGCACAGUACACCACGAUAGAUGCUCUGUUACUGAUGCACGAUGGAACCACCUGCAUAGCUGGUGCGAGAGAUCGCACCCUGGUUUAUUGGAAACUACCCUCUCGCGAGAAGCUACCCUCUCACGAAAUCGGGAACUCUGUCUGCAUCGAUUCCGCGCAUAACGGAUGGAUCUGGGAUCUGACGGCGAUAGACAACACGAUCUACAGCUGCAGCUGGGAUCAGAGCGUCAAGUCGUGGAUGCUCAUCAACACCGGUCUCGUCCAGCAGAGAACUUAUGAGAUGAGCGUGCCGGGUGCGCUGCUGUGCGUGUCGUCGUGUCCAGAGCGGGCCCUCUUUGCGACCGGCUCGUACAGCAGGACCAUAUUCGUGUUCGAUUCGAGAUCGGGACAUAAGCCGAUCAGGCAGUACCGGCCGCACACCGGAGCUGUUAUUAAGCUGGCCAUGAAUGCAGAGUACAUCUUGUCCGCCAGCGAGGACAAGACGGUGUCCGUUUGGGAUCAGAGAGCCGGACGGACCAUGAAAUCCAUCACAAUUUCAGGCGAAGCGUUUCCCAUGUGCAUGAGUAUGCAACAAGAUUGGGUUUGCGUCGGGGACAGCAACGCAAAGUUGCACGUGCUAAAUCCAAAAAACGAUUUCGAGCUCGUGAAAUCUUAUUCUACCGAGCAUACGAAAGGGAUAACGGGGGUGCAUCUGACGCAUGGAUGCCUAAUAACGAGUUCCACGGACGGCACUGUCAGAAUUUCGAGCCCUACGGAUCCGCCAAAGCCCAUCGCUACUUUACUUUCAGGGUUCGGAGAGAUCGCCAGUAUGGACUAUCUGAAUGGCAUCCUCGCGAUAUCCGGUAUCGAUAUCGCGGUGUGGCGCCCGAAAUCGACGUGUUCAACGAAACAUCAAUGAACGGAGAAUUUCUGUAUGUGUUCUAUAGCUAUUCUACAGCUAAAUUGCUUUGAUAUGUAAUAUAUGUUCUUAGUUUUUACUAAGAUACUGUUCUAACGCGUCUCUCUAAUAUACAAUAUAAUAUAUACUCUUCCGCGAAAUUAGAAGUACGUAUCGUUUUGUUGAAAUUUUGUCUUAGUAAAAACUUUACUAACGUCACUUACAAUUAUAAGCUAAGCGAUAAUGAUAAAUAUACAAUUAUAAGCUGAGCUUAUAAUUAUAACGUGUUCAUGAUAGGAUCUUAUGUUUUGUUGAGAAGAACCAGAGAAAGACAUAUAUAUAUUUUUAUAGUACAGUUAAGUUCUAUAAGCAUUUAAAUAUAUUUUAUAUAUUACAUCAU